CGCCGAACACGAUUAAUUUGCUUUCGAAUCCGGGCCGGUUUCGUUUCCGGCCCGUUGACUGGACUACGGGCGCGGACCGGGUCUGAUUCGGACCCGGCCCGGUCUGCAUAGGGGCGCAGUGCUGGGUCGGCCGUCGGCAAGAAGACGAAAACUGGAGGGAAUUGGGAAAGCGAGGUGGCGAUGGUGAGAUCUGUACGAGCCGUCCCAACAGCUUCCACCUCGCCUCAAGCUCCGUCCGGUGGCCGAUUCCUCCGCCUCAUCCAGGCCUCCACCGGUGACAUCGAGACUGCAAGAGCACAACAAAAUCCCACACUUCCCAAUGCAAUUUCCAUUUCUCCUACCUCUGCAAGCGAUGUGAAGAGGAACUGAUAUGACCGCCAGGCCAUAAUUGCCACUGCUGCCGAGGGAUUGCGUGACUUGUUGGUUAAUUUUCCUGCCAUUCGAGAGUCUCUCUGCUGGCAUUCGAACUCCCCCGAGCCUACUCCUUCAUAGCCACUGCCAUGGUGGUGAAAUCACAGACCUUUUGAUUGACAAGGGUGAAGAAGCGAUCGCUUGUUCAAGGCAUACGAGUGACCGGCUGAUAUAGACUGAUCAUAUGGUACUUGAACUGAACUGAUAAUAAGUGGGAUUGCAGGUUCUCGGAGAAAGGAAAUUAAGCCGUUCGUUAUUCUUCGAUCGGCUACCUUUUUGAACCUUUUAAGUAGCAGACAGUAGGAAGGCAGGAAAGAACUAGGAUUGAGUCCACGCAAUUUAGAGAUCAUUGUGGGCAUCAUGCGGUGCUGGAAGUACAAAAGAUUUGGUUUCUUUCUACUUGUGAUCACACUCCGAAUGAGCAGAGCUGCAGCUGGAACUGGAAGGCCUUCUCCGAGUGGGUUCCAGGACGAGGAGUACAAGCACUUUGGUACGCUGGGCUCACGGCCGCCCAUCUGUGAGCACAAAUGUGCGGGGUGCGCGCCUUGCCGGGCCUUUCAGAUUCCAACAAAUAUGAACCGGUUAGGGACUCAGUAUGCUAACUACGAGCCUGAGAGUUGGAAAUGCAAGUGUGGCUCCACAUUUUAUGAUCCAUAGCAUGUACAAGGAAUCCAAAUGAUAGAUUUUAUGGAGAGUUCAGUUGCUUCGGUCUG